AUGGAGGGGUUCGAAGGAGCCCCCAGGUUCCUGGCCUACCCACGUGCCUUCAGGGUGCAAAGCGGCACUGAUGCAGUCCUGAGCUGCCAGAUCACGGGCGACCCCCGGCCAAGCAUCCUCUGGGAGAAGGACAAGAUCCCAAUUAAGCCCUCGGGCCGCUUCCAUGUGGAGGCCAAGGGGGACCUGUACAGUCUGUUGGUGUCCUGUGCCACCCCCCGGGACAGUGGGCUUUACGUCUGCAAGGCCAAGAACAGUCUUGGCGAGACCUAUGCUGCUGCCACACUCAGGGUGGAGGCGGGAGAGCCCCAAGACGAGGAGGGAUGCUUGGACAGUGAAGCACCUGCCUUCCUUGUUGCCCCAUCAUCCACACGUGUGUGCCGGGGGGAGGAUGUGAUGUUUACCUGCAGGGUGUCUGGGCAGCCAUGCCCAGUGGUGCAGUGGGAAAAGGAUGGUCACAAGCUAUCUGACCUCUUUGAGAGCAGCCACUUCACAGUGGGGCAGGAGCUGGAGGGCUGGCACUUCUUGAAGCUGUUUGGUGCACGGCCCCCAGACGAGGGGGUGUAUGUGUGCCGGGCACGCAGUGGCUCCCGGGAGGCCCUGGCUGCUGCUGUGCUCCUGGUGGAAGCCCAGGCACUGCCAGACAGGAUCCCCAGUGGCUCUCCUGCUGCUGGACCCAAGCCACUGUCAGAGCGGCGGAAGAUUGCAGGACAAUGCAUGAGACCAGAGACAUGGACGCCCAACGGCACGAUGCCGGCCAGGGUGCCAGGAGCUAAGGCAUUCACCGUGAGUGCCGGGAAGCACGCCAAGUUUCGCUGCUAUGUUACUGGCAAGCCCAAGCCGGAGAUCAUCUGGCAGAGGGAUGGUGAGCCCGUCACCCCUGGCCGCAGGCACCUCGUCUAUGAGGACCGAGAGGGCUACUUCAUCCUCAAGGUCCUGUACUGCAAACCCCAGGACCAGGGGCUGUAUGUCUGUACCGCAUCCAACACUGCUGGCCAGACCCUAAGCGCGGUGCAGCUCCAGGUGAAAGAGCACAGGCUGCGGUUCCAAGUACAGCUGGCGGAUGUGGAGGUGGCGGAGCGGGAGGACGCUGUGCUGGAGUGCCAGGUGCCACUGGAGACCACCCCCACUGCCUGGUACCUGGAGGACAGGGAGCUGCAGCCCAGCCACAAGUAUGUGAUGGAGGAGCGAGGCGUGGUGCGGCGCCUGACCAUCCGUGAUGCCUGCACUGAUGACGAUGGCAUCUACCUCUGCCAGAUGAAGGACAAGGGGCGCAGCAUUGCUGAGGUCUCUGUCCGAGGGGUGAUCCUGAAGAGGCUGCCACGGAAGUUGGACGUGAUGGAGGGGGAGAAUGCGGUUUUCUGUGUGGAGACACGGGAGGCGGUGGAGGGGACCUGCUGGAGCCAGGAUGGGCUGCAGCUACGGGAGUCCCCCCGCACCGUGCUGAAGAGCUUUGGCAGGACACACCUCCUGGUGCUGGUGCACGUCACCCGCCAGGAUGCGGGCAUCAUCUCCUUCACUGCCGGGGAGUCACAGCCGUCAUCUCAGCUGUGACUUUCAGGUGUGAAACGUGAGCCCCCGAGUGCGCCAGUGGCAGCUGAGAUGAGUGUGGUGGAGAGCAAUGUGGCCCUGCUGACCUGGUGCCCUGCGCCUGAUGCCCACCUCCGUGCCCCCAGCCGNNNCCUGCUGGAGCGUCGGGAGGCGUCAGGAAGCGAGUGGGUGCAGUGCCUCACCACCGACAUGCCCGGCUGCAUGCGGGUGCUGGGCAACAGUGUACCUCGUGAGGCUGACUACUGCUUCCGCAUCUGCGCUGCCAACGAGCACGGCAGGAGCAGCCCCGUGGAGUUCCCUGGCUCCGUGCAUCUAGCCCCAGCAGCUUGCCUGGAGAGAGGUCUGCAGGAUGUACAGGUGCGGGACGGUGAGGACGCGUGGUUCUCCCUGGAGCUGUCAGCUGCAGUCUAUGGCACCUGGUUCCUCAAUGGUGCCAGGCUGGGUGAGGAGGAGGAGGCAAACGGCCGGUACAGUGUGCGGUGCCGCGGGAUGGAGCACUCACUGCUGAUCCAGGGAGUACAGCUAGCUGACAGCGGGGCCCAGGUCACCUUUGUGUCUAGCAGUGUGCAGGACUCGGCCACAUUGCAUGUGCAAGCCCCACAGGUCUGCAUCGCCCCGGUGCCUGAGGCUGAGCGGCUCCGGGAGGUGCCUAUGGGGAUGCCGGUUCUGCUGGAGUGCCAGGUGUCCCCCUGUGAUGCUCCUGUCCACUGGCUGCAGGAUGGUGAGGCCAUGCUUUUUCAGGCAGAGGGCUGUGUGCGGAGGCUGCUGCUCCGCUCGGCGGGUCCCUCGGACACCGGCAUAUACACCUGUGAUGCUGGGGAUGAUGCUGUGAGCUUUGUGGUGACAGUGACCGAAGCACCAGUGAGGAUAGUCAGCUCCAAUGAGGAGGCCCCCCAUGCCUACAUGACCGGGCCGCGUGUGGAGCUCAUAGUAUUUAAGCAACAAGAGGAGGGGCGGCGGUGCCGGCUGGUGCUGCCGUGUGCCCGGCCACAGGACACGGGGGAGUUCGUCUGUGAUGCUGGUGGGGACUCUGUCUUCUACACCGUCACUGUGGCAGAAGCACCAGUGAAGAUUAUCAGCUCCAACAAGGAGGCCCCCCAUGCCUACAUGACUGGGCAGCGUGUGGAGCUGUGGUGCCAGCUGUCCCGCCCGGUGGCCCCAGUGCGCUGGUACAAGGGUGGGGAGGAGGUGGAGGCAGGCGCGAGCCAGGGGUUGGAGCAGGAGGGACUGCGGUGGCAGCUGGUGCUGCCCUGUGCCCGGCCACAGGACACAGGGGAGUUUGUCUGCGAUGCUGGGGAUGUGUCUGUCUCCUACCACGUCUCCGUGGCAGAGCCACCAGUGAGGAUCCUGCACCCUCUGCAGCGCUCGCUGGAGCUGCUGGUGCAGGCACUGGAGCGUGUGGAGCUGCGAUGUGAGCUCUCUGUGCCACAUGCUCCUGUGCGAUGGUUCAAGGAUGGGCUGGAGGUGGACGAGACUGAUAACCUGCUACUGGUGGUGGAGGGAGCCUGGCGCUGCCUCCUCAUCCCCAGGAGCAGUGUGGAGGACACGGGCGAGUACAUCUGUGAGAGCAAGGAUGAGGCCGUCUCCUUCGAUGUCAAAGUGUCAGAGCCACCAGUGAGGAUCCUGCAGCCCCACAGACCUGUCCCUGUCGUGAUGGUGUCCCAGGGAGAGACGGUGGCACUGCGCUGUGAGCUGUCCCGUGCGGAUGCACACGUGUACUGGGCCAAGGAGGGCAUCAGGCUGGAGGCUGGAGGCAGCCUGGUCCUGGAGGAGGACGGUGCUCGUCGCCGCCUGCUAAUUCCCAUGGCCCAGGCUGAGCACUCUGGAAAAUACAUCUGCAAUGCCACUGACGACACAGUGACCUUCACUGUCCAAGUGUUAGACCCACUAGUCAGAAUCCUGGAGAGGGAUGCCCUUCCAACGCAACGGCAUUGCCGAGCCAUGGAGGACCUGGUGCUGGAGGUGCACCUCUCACAUGCCCAUGGGGAGGUGAAAUGGUACAAGGAUGGGGAGAAGCUGCAGGACACAGGACGUGUGCGGUUGGAGGAGGAUGGGGCACGACGCUUUCUCAUUGUCCUGGGUACCACGGGCAGGGAUGCAGGGGAGUAUCUCUGCGACACCGGUGAUGACAGCAUCGUCUUCACUGUCAAUGUGGAAGGUGAUCAGGAGUGCGGGGUGGCCGGGUAGGACCUGGUGCUGGGUUGGGGGCUCUCCCAGCCUGACGCCCCUGUGUGCUGGCUCCGGGAUGGCCAGCAGGUGCAGCCAGGUGAGCGAGUGCAGAUCACUGCCCGUGGGGUGCUGCGGCAGCUCACCAUCUGUGGGGCACAGCCCAGUGACUCGGGGUGCUACGUCUGCGAUGCUGCCAGCGACCGUAUGGUGAUGAACGUGGAGGUGUCAGCCCGGCCCGUGCAUAUUGUCAACAAGGAGGAGGCACAGAGUCCACUGGAGGUGCUGGAGGUGGCCCGGCUGUCCCUGGAGACGGCAGCAGUACGGUGGCAGAAGGAUGGACAGACACUGGUCUCGGGCGGGCGGCUGCUGGUGUGUAGUGAGGGCCCUGCACGCAGCCUCACCAUCAAGCAAGCAGAGCUGGGUGAUGACGGCAUCUUCCUCUGCGAUGCUGGUGACGACGAAGUGCAUUUCAUGCUGCAUGUGAAAGAGGCACCCGUGCUGUUUGUGAACAAACGGGAGGAGCGGGAGAAGCUACUUGUGCUAGAGGGUGGCAGCGCCGUGCUCUCUGCUGUUACCUCCACGGAGCGAGCUGAUGUCACCUGGCUGGGCCCACAGCAGGCAGCAGGUGUCUACCCCUGCCUCUCCUCUCAUGACCAGAUGCAGUUUGAUGUGAGCGUCCGAGAGCUGCUGGUGAAGUUCCUGCGUGGGCUGUCAGACGUGUGGGUGCGGCAGGGUGAGCUCCCCAGGGUGGUGGAGAUAAUCACAGAGCUGCAGAGCCUGAUGGUGCUGGAAGGAGAGGACGCCACCUUCAAGUGCCUGGUGUCCCCCGAGGAUCUCACCCUCCGGCAGUGCCAGCUGGGUGACGCAGGCACCGUGACCGCCAACGCCGAGGGGCUGGUGAGCACGGCCCGGCUGAGCGUGCAAGAGGCGCAGGUGCUGUUCGUGCGGAAGCUGCAGGACGUGGUGGCAGAGGAGCAGGGGGGUGCGUGCCUGGAGGUGGAAGUGAGCCAUGAGGCUGCUGAAGUGCAGUGGCUGAAGCAUGGCGUCCUCCUCCAGCCGGGCAGCAAGUACCAGCUGCAGGAGUUGGGGUGCCAGCGCACCCUCACCAUCCGCUGUCUUGGCCCUGCCGACUGUGGCACCUACCGCUGCGAGACCCUGCAUGACCGCACGCAGGCCAAGGUCUGCGUGGAACCUCGGAAGGUGUUGAUCCAGAUGCCACUGGCAGAUGUGGAGACCUUCGAGAAGGAGACAGCCACCUUCCACCUGAAGCUGUCCCAUCCCAGUGUGCCCGGGGUCUGGACACGGGAUGGCAUCCGUGUGAAGCCCAGCAGCACAUGCCGGAUCAGCACCAGAGGCUGCAGGCACAGCUUGACACUGGAGAGGCUGUCGCUGGAGGACUCAGGCACCAUCACCUUCACCACUGAUACCCUGCGCUGCAGCGCCCGCCUGCUUGUGCGGGAGCCUCCAGUCACUAUGGUGAGGGUCCCGCGGGAUCUGGGAGUCCCAGAGACAGGGGUUGCCAGCUUUGAGUGUGAGCUGUCUCGCCCCAGCGCAGCAGUGAAGUGGUUCAAGGACGGACAGGAGCUGCGGCCGGGGCCCACCUGUCGUAUCUACUCUGCGGGUCGGCGCCGCAUCCUGCAGCUGAGCCACUGUGAGCUGUCCGACGCCGGCACUUACACCUGCGACGUGGGUGACUGCCGGGCUUCUGCCACACUGCACGUCCAGGAGCGCCAGAUCUGCAUUGUGCAGGACCUGCAGGACGUCCAGGCGCAGGAGGGUGACAACGCUGUCUUCAGCUGCGAGGCAUCGCACAGGGAUGUUAAGGGCGAGUGGUUCCGGGAUGGAGAGAAAAUCAAGGUCUCAAGCACGGUGAAGAUACGGCAAGAAGGGGCCCGUCAUUUCCUAUUGUUCUGCAGUGUACGCCCCGAGGACAAGGGACUCAUCCGCUUUGUGGCUGGGACAGCUGUCUCGGAGGCCAGCCUGCAGGUGCAAGCACUGCCCAUCCGGAUCGUGAAGCCACUGCGGGACAAGACAGUGCUGGCGCGGCACAAGGCAACACUGGAGUGCACCGUGUCCCACGCCCGAGGCCGCGUGCGCUGGCUCCGCGGGGAGACCGAGAUCUUUGCUGGUGACAAGUACGAGAUCUGCAAUCUGGACUGCUACCGCACACUCAUCAUCCACCACGUGGGCCCCGAGGAUGAGGACUCCUAUACCUGUGACGCGUUUGAUGACCGCUCCACCGCCUGGCUCCUCGUGGAGGGGAGCUAG